GAGACCUCGGAAGGCUUUAGCGGAAGGCUGGCGGCCGGCUGGCGGCCAGUGCUCCCUGGUUGAUGCCUGGGGCUUUGGGUGUCUCCACAGGCACAACGCUGCUCGCACCAUGGCUUGGGUCCCGAAUGUACCACAGCCUCUCGUGAGACAGGGGUCCUCAGAGCCUCUUUAGUGCUGUAGCCCUGGCCGCAGGCAGCCCCGCGGCGGCGGAAGAACAGAACCUCUGAAAUGGAUGGACUCUUCCCAAGCAGCUUUGCUAAUUCACAGCAGCUGGACAAUGUUCCUCAUUAAUACCUGUCUGUCAGCAUAGUCGUCACAUCAUUUCACUCUGGUGGCAGGGACUCAGCUCCGAAUUCUAUACAGAAAAAGCACCUGGAUCCCAGUCUUUCAAUGGCUUCGAGACAACCAGAAGUGCCUGCUCUAGAGCCUAGUGGGCCUCUAGGCAAGAUGUCCCUGCCCAUCGGGAUGUACCGCCGGGCAUUCAGCUAUGAUGAUGCCCUCGAGGACCCUGCACCCAUGACUCCUCCUCCAUCGGACAUGGGCAGCAUCCCCUGGAAGCCAGUGAUUCCAGAGCGCAAGUAUCAGCACCUUGCCAAGGCGGAGGAAGGGGAAGCCAGUGUCUCCUCCCCCGCCGUGACCGUGUCAUCGGCCACUGACAGUGUGGACAAGGCCCCUGUGGUGAAGGCUAAAGCUACCCACGUCAUCAUGAAUUCUCUGAUCACAAAACAGACCCAGGAGAGCAUUCAGCGUUUUGAGCAGCAGGCAGGGCUGAGAGAUGCUGGCUACACACCCCACAAGGGCCUUACCACCGAGGAGACCAAGUACCUGCGAGUGGCAGAAGCACUCCACAAGCUAAAGCUACAGAGCGGAGAGAUCACAAGAGAAGAGAAGCAGCCAGCCUCUGCCCAGUCCACCCCCAGCAGCACCCCGCACUCGUCCCCUAAGCAGAAGUCCAGAGGCUGGUUCACUUCGAGUUCUUCCACAGCCUUACCUGGCCCAAAUCCUGGCACCAUGGAUUCUACAAGUGGGGACAAGGACAGAAACUUGGCAGAUAAAUGUAGCCUCUUUGGACCAAGAUCCCUCCAGAAGUCUGAUUCAGGUUUUGCCACCCAGGCUUACAGAGGAGCCCAGAAGCCUUCUCCGAUGGAACUGAUCCGUGCCCAGGCCACCCGAAUGGCUGAAGACCCAGCAACCUUCAAGCCGCCCAAGAUGGACAUCCCAAUGAUGCAGGGAAAGAAACAACCGCCACGGACCCAUAAUCUCAAACCCCGUGACUUAAAUGUGCUCACACCCACUGGCUUCUAGAGCUCUUUGUAUUCCAGGGACUCUGGAUAGACGAUAUCUUGUAUCCAACUCCCUCUUUACCUUGGCUUUGACAUAGGAAAGUUUAAACUGAGGCUGGAGCUGGAGCUACAAUUGGUUUUUGAGAAAUGUUAGUGCAAAGCUUAUCCUUGUGUGGAAGAAGCCAUUUUGUAUGGUUUAAAGUUAAAUAAUCCCAGCAGUGAUAUAUGGGGCACCUCAUUACCCAUUUUUGUAUCAUUUACCUUAGUUAGACAAGAGCUUUGGUCACUGCUUACUAGGUAAAUCAUGUUUGUGUUGGUCCAGAACUGAGGCUUCUUGAUUUCUUUACCAUGGUCAGCGUGUGCAUGGACAAAUCAUGGAGUAGAUGUGCUCACGAGCUAGUUUAGCCUUUGGCCCUCUUAACUGUACACUUCUGUGUGUUCCAGCCUUGUCAGUGGGGACCUGAGAUGUGUUUGAGCCAGACUCGGCAGGGACCCCUCUCGCUACGCUGAAACUGGAGUGUCCCUGCGUUUCGGUAGGCCUUACAGAUCACGUCCUCUUGCAGCCACUCGUGGCCAGAGCACCUCUUUGGCCAGUGCUGUUGGAGGGAUGUUUCUUUUAGCGAACACUAGUCUUGCGUAUCCUUUUGUGCACUUUGAAAAAGGUUAAUUUAACUCCCAAUCUGGUCAAAAACUUCCUUAAGAGAGGAGAUUCAGUAUACUGAUUUGGUAUAGAUAAACGGAUGUUACACUUUUUUUAGUAUGGAAGGUGGUGCCUACAUUUAGAUCAUAGUCUUGAGGUUCAUGUGAAACCUGUGUCACCCUGUUUUGAAUUUUUUUUUUCUGUUUUGAUUUUAUUGUUCAGGCCAAGCAUAACAUUUUUUUUUUCUGGGAGGUAGAUGAAUUAAAAAAUCUUCUUUAUGGAAUCCUUGUCCCCCACAAAGAGCUGCAUACUUUUAUAAAUAUAUACAUUACUGAGGAAGCCACUUGUUUUAUUUCCCCUCUCACCAUGUGUAUGUUCAGUCUUCAGUCAUUGUCCUAAACAUGGUCUCAAAUUCCCACUGUUUUUUUGUUUGUUUUGGAUAGUGUCCUGUCUACAUAAGGAGCUGAACUGACCUUUCCAUAGAAAAGCCCUGGGGUCUAAAAUGAUCAGAUAAUUUAUUUGUGUCUUCUGUAUGCUCGGAUUUCUUAUUUGUUUUGACAAUAAAAGUCCUUAGUGCUUUCUCGAA